AUGGACGAGGUUGCUCCAGCAACAGACCAAGAAGCCAGGGCGGCAGAGGAGGCCAACGCUGUCCACGAGGAGGAAACGGCCGAGAAGCUCAUGUUUGCAGAGAUGUACACGUAUCUACGCAGUGAGUUUACCGGACUCGAUCUCACCAGGGCCAAAGACGUAGUCAGCGCAGUCGAGUAUGCCGAAGCGAUGUUCCAGAGGCGUUCAACGCACGACCUAAGGAACCGCUCCCUGCUGACCGCAAUCACUAUCCGGAACUCACCGAUGAAGAAGGAGAGCGAAUGCUUCACGCAUACACGUCCACUUACGACGACAAUUGACCACCGUAUCGCUGAACUUCAAGUCAAGGCAGGACCAACGAGCGACCCAUGGUCCCAAAAGCUACUCUCGAAAAAUGAGGCUACGGAUAAUGAUUUUCUGAAACGCAUCUGCAAUAAUGCGUCCCUACGAGUCAUCCAAAAUACGAUCAAGGCCCAAGUGGAGGGAGACCUGGUCCUUCUUCUCCAACCCGACUUUCCAGUAUAUCCC